CUAAAUGUAAAAAAGAAAGGCAAAAAAAACCUUAUCUUGUUCUGAAAUCUCUGUUUUUUUAGUCUAUAGAAAUAUCUGAAUUUUCUGGGGGAAGGGAACCACCUUCGUAAGCAAUGGCUUCGUCAAGUGUCGUGACUACUCAAAUAUCAAAUCAACUUGGAACCACUGAUUGGAAGAAGUCCAUCCCUUCACUCUCCCUUGGUAACUUAAACUUGAAUAAAAAUCUAGCUGGUAAGCAGUUUUUAUCAUUGUCAGCUCCUCAAAAAUCUGGGCUGAACUAUAAAUCCCUACGUGUAAAUGGUCUGUUCGGAGGAAAAAAGGAAAAUGGUGAGAAGGGUGAUGAUGCACCUUCCAAGGCAGGAAUUCUUGGGAACAUGCAAAACCUAUAUGAGACAGUAAAGAAAGCACAAAUGGUUGUCCAGGUUGAGGCUGUGCGAGUGCAAAAGGAACUUGCCGCAGCAGAGUUCGAUGGCUACUGUGAAGGUGAGCUGAUUAAGGCAACUUUAUCUGGAAAUCAGCAACCUGUACGCAUAGAGAUCACUGAGGCAGCAAUGGAAUUGGGUGCAGAAAAGCUGUCUCUUUUAGUUAAUGAAGCAUACAAGGAUGCACACCAAAAAAGUGUCCAGGCCAUGAAGGAAAGAAUGAGUGACCUUGCACAAAGCUUAGGUAUGCCACAAGGUCUCAGUGAGGGAUUAAAACAACAAUGAUCUCUCAACUAACACCUGGAUGGAGCUUAGUGAGGGAUUGAAGCAACAAUGAUCUCUUGACUGGCACCAGGAUUAGCUUCAGUUUUGCAUACAAACCAAUGGUAGAAAUUUUCAUUUGUACUUUUUACUGCGAAUUCAUGUUGUGAUUUCCGUUUCUCCAUAGAGCUGGCACACUCUGUUCUAGAACUCCUUCACAGUUACAUCUGUUCUCAUUUCUUUUUCGAGUCAAAUUCUUUGCCUUUCGUA